AUGAUGGAGGAGUUUAUUUAUGUGGAGUUUGGGACUACAGUUACCCAUAAAUUUGCUUUGUAUAAAGUGAGCGGCUACUCAGGAGGACGUUUGAUGAUCAAGUGUGAACAUCCUCAAUACAAAACCAACCCAAAAUACAUCUGUAAAGAACCAGACGGAUGUUCAGAGAGGAAGAAUCCAGGAGUUCAGGGUGAAUGGAUGGAGAAUGGAGAUGUUUCUUUAUAUGACGACACCAGAGCAGGAGUCUUGAUGGUGUUUUUUAGAGAGCUGAAAGCUGCAGAUGAAGGAACAUACAGGUGUGGAGUGAAAGUAUCUGACUAUACUGAGAGCUUCACUGAGAUACAGCUGAGCGUCAGACACGAUGUAAACUAUCCAAAGCGUGUGACUGAAUCUGUGUAUCUUGGUGGAGAAGUCAACAUCUUCUGUCAGAUCCCAGAGCAACAUAAAGUUCAUUUCUGCAAAGAGGAUGAUAAUCACAUCUGCCAAAGCAUCAGCUCAUCUAAAGUGACAGAAAUGAGUGUUUCAUCAGAGAGAAAUGAAGAGAGAGUUGUUACAGUGAGCAUCAGUAAUGUGAGUGUGAGAGAUGCUGGAGUUUACUGGUGUGGAGCAGAAACCAGAGACACAGAUCUGACUUUCAUCUCCCUGAACACUCAAAUUCAGCUCAACCUCAUCACUAAAGUGGGCGUGUCUAGAGUGAACGGCUCCUCAGGAGGUCGUUUGAUGAUCAAGUGUGAACAUCCUCAAUACAAAACCAACCCAAAAUACAUCUGUAAAGAACCAGACGGAUGUUCAGAGAGGAAGAAUCCAGGAGUUCAGGGUGAAUGGAUGGAGAAUGGAGAUGUUUCUUUAUAUGACGACACCAGAGCAGGAGUCUUGAUGGUGUUUUUUAGAGAGCUGAAAGCUGCAGAUGAAGGAACAUACAGGUGUGGAGUGAAAGUAUCUGACUAUACUGAGAGCUUCACUGAGAUACAGCUGAGCGUCAGAAACGAUUUCUCCAUGAUCAUCAUUAUUAGUGUGUGUGUGAUUCUGCUGCUGAUCGCCGGAUUCACUCUGACUGUGUGCAGAUUAAGACACAAGAGACAAGAUCCUGGGCCAGUUCAAAGUCAUGAUGAAUUACCCACAAUCCCCUCUGAUGAGCUCCUGUACGCUGCUGUCAGUUUCCAGAAGCAUGAAGAGUCUCUCAGUGAAGCUACAAUCAGAUUCAGUGAAGUGGAGGAGAUUCACUCUGAUUACACUGCAGUCAGUCAACACACAAGACUCAAAUAA